CUCCGCUCUGCAUCAUCACAGCGCUGCAGCUUCACAGAGGAGAAGAAGAAAAGGAGCCGAAGAAGCAGAAAUAGAAGGAGAGCCGUCCGCCACUACAUAUCUGUCUCCACCAAACAGAAGGCAGCAGCUGCCUUCAUGGAGGUGAAGCUGAGCGCAGAGCCGAUGGACACGAGGACGUCGUCCAGAUGACGACAGAUGACACUAUGCUGACAUAACAGCGGCUGAUUGGUCAAAGACACGUCCUCCCUCCUCCCAGCCUGCCGCCGCCCACUCACCGCCCGUCCAGACAUGUUGUUGAGAAGGAAGCUGUGCGUUGCCGUGGUGAUCGCCGCCAUCCUCUUCCUCAUGCUCGCCAGUCAGAGCAUCCAGAGGAGACACUUCCUCCCGUCGGCCAACAGCCGGGCCACGCCCACCGUCAGAGACCCAGUGGUCGCAGCCACAGCACCUCCUGCUGUCCGGACCAAAAAACUGACCCUCCCUCCCCCUAUCACCACCCGGUUUGAGGCCCAGGAGAAGAAGGAGGUUAAGGAGGAGGAGAAGUCCCAGUACGCCCAGAGGCCCUGCAGUUGUCUUGAGUCCUGCAUCUCAGACCUGGACGGCUCGGACUGGUUCAGCCAGAGAUACGACCCCAAACAGCAGCCGAUCCUCCGGGAGGCCAACAACAACUUCGACCCCGCUGCACUGACAUGGUGGCUGGCUCUUCAGCGAUCCGGCAACGACCAGACUUUAGAGAACGUGAUGUCAGAGAUGUUCCAGGUCAUUUCCCCGCCCACUGUGGACUUCAAGCCCCUCCCCUCCAAAUGCCGUAGCUGUGCAGUGGUCGGCAACUCUGGCAACCUGCGGCAGUCUGGAAACGGCAACCUGAUUGAUUCUCACGACUCCGUGAUCCGGAUGAACAAGGCGGUGACUCGAGGGUUUGAGAAGGACGUUGGGAAUCGGACGACACAUCACUUCCUGUACCCGGAGAGCGCGGUGGACGUGAACCACGGCGUCAGCCUUGUCCUGCUGCCGUUCAAACUCAGAGACCUGGAGUGGCUGACCAGUGCUCUGUCCACCGGCCAGGUCAAAAUGACCUACAUGAGGGUUAGAGACCGAGUGCAGGCUGAUAAAGACAAGGUUCUGGUGGUGAACCCGGUGUUCUUUAAGUACGUUCAUGAUCACUGGACCGAGCAUCACGGUCGCUACCCGUCCACCGGCAUGCUGGCCAUCAUCUUCGCUCUGCACAUCUGCGACCAGGUGUCGGUGUUCGGUUAUGGUGCCGACAAACUGGGGAACUGGCAUCAUUACUGGGAGGAGAAUCGCUACGCCGGAGCCUUCAGGAAAACCGGCGUCCACAGCGCCGACUUUGAGACGGAGGUAAUCCACCGACUCGCCAAGGAAGGUAAGAUCAGCCUCCACCUGUGACAAAACCACUGACCUGCUGACCGAUUGUAGACCACCGAUCUGCUGACUGAUGGAUGGACUUACAGACCAGCCAACCAGGAGUCUGGCUGUCAAAUGACACUUAACCAAAUCUGAGCCAGCUCUGGACCCUGUGUGCCUUAUUUUUGGGGGGAUGUGGACCCAAUCAGACCCCUGUACUUCUUCUAUAUCAAACACUAGGUCUGCCUUAAGUCAGACAUCCAAAUAUGCUGGAUCGAGGAUGCUGUUGGACCGAGACGUUUUAAAUACCUGGAUUACCUGUGGAGGCAGCUGUGGAGCUGAACAUACUGCAUAGGAUCAGAUUUCCUCCUCUGCACACUUCAGUUGGGUGUUUUUCGGAGCCUCGACCAACCGUCCUGCCGUCUGCGACUGCUGGGACCGACCACAAUAACCUUUGCUCUGAGCGGGAAACAACCACAGACUUUUCAUAUCUUUUUUUAUCUGAUUUUAUAGACAUUUUACAGGGAUAACCUCUUUAUUUUUAUUAAAGCACUUUGUCCUGAAGAAGAAAUGGUGGGAAGAUGCCAUAUUGUUGAUCGCUGUCCAACCAUGUUAGAAGACUUCUUGCAUUUCAUAUUGUUUGUAAUCCAUCCAUUUAUUUCAGCUGAACUUUAUCCGUCCUGAUCGAGAUGAUCCUGACAGACUGGAAUCAGGACGUUUUUCUUUCACGUCUAUUUUUGGAAGCCAGUGAUGCUUCCUGUCGACCAUAUAUGGACCUGGAGGAAGAGUGAGAGGAGCCUGUGUUUGGUUCUUGGCCUGUGUUUGAGUGUUUCCAUGAUGAUUCAACAGUCUGCACGUGGGAUGAUUAUCGGUAAAUUGAUUACUAGGCAUUCAUUACUUAAGAGAUUAAAAUAAAUGAACCAAUAGCGCAGCACCAGAUGGAGGCUCUGACUGUUUAAAAUAAAAGACUGCAGCUUAAGAUUGCAGCAACUAGUGAUAUUCUUGACUGGCAAUCAACAGGCUGAUCUAUCAAUAAUUGGUUAUUGAUAACACAAGCUGAAUACAGUAAAUAUUAUCCCAUAAGCUAAUAUUGCUAUUAUAAAAUCAUUAGCAGCUCAGUUAUAUGUGUGUCUGAGCUAGUAUUCAAGUGUCUUGUAUAUAUGGGCUAUGAAGCGUCACAGAAGUCUUUGUCAUGGUGCCCAUUGCUAGUUAAACUCCCACAAUGCUUUCUACCCACAAAGAGUGAUUUUUCUGUAGUCUGAGUGACUGUCUCCUCUGAUUGCUAAAAUGUUUAACAGUAAAAAGCUCCAUCCAACGGAAAAAACAGGUUCUAGAGAUAAUCUACAGGGGUAUCCCUAAGGUCUGGACACAUAGGAAAUCUCAUUAACUAUCAUUUUUUGCCUCCAUUGAUUAAAUAUGGCUUUCACGAAAGAAGAAAGAGUUGAACUGGUAUUUCUCGGUGACCGUGAAGGAUGGACAUAUCGAAAGUUGGGGUUCGGGUUAAGGUUAAGGUUGGAGUUGAGUUGAGUUGAGGUGAGGGUUAGGGUUGGGGUUAGGGAAGUGAUUUUUUUGGGGCUGGCAUAUAUUCUAGUCAUGACCAAUUCUUUAGUUUCGGCUGAUACGUUUGAUCGUCCAGAAUGGGGUUUGUCCAUGACACUGCCUGUUUCUUUAAACUUUUUAACCACCUUCACCACUGUGGAAAAGCCAAGUGGAAUCCUCCUUGGAUGCAUCAAAUUCAUCUGCGAUCUUUCGAUAUGUCCAUCCUUCAUGACCACUGAGAAGUACCAGUUCAACUCUUUCUUCCUUCGACACUUUAGGGACACCCUGUACAACACUUUAUCUGACAUAACUUUAAUCGGUUAAAUUAUUAAUGGAAAUUAAUCAGUCACACCCCUAGUAGGGGACAUGAGGAGGCGGCUAGUUCCGUGUUGGCAGGCGGAGAGCAUUUUGAGGUUUAGCUAGGAAUGGGCCACCAUGACAAAGACUUCUGUGACACUUAAUGACCUCCAACCAGAGCUCAAGUUCUCAAUACAAGUCGGAGUUUACUUGGAGAGCAUUCCUAUUGUGAAAUGGUUGAUGUAAUCAAGACAUUUUUGCUGCUAAAGCCACCUUUUUGUGGCCAAAACAGCUUCAGCAUAUGGAAUAAUGUCUGCUGUACAUCAUUCACAUUAAUAAUUUAUGACUUUGUAACUCUGCCAAGUAUCGGUUAUGGAAAUGUAAAAUUUGCAGCUCUAGUCUGCAGGCUGACAGCUCACAGGAACAAUUUGUUCUAAAGGAAUCAUGAUUUAUUGAGACAUGUUUUUUUCUAAUCAGUUGUGUUGGUCCAGUAGCCAAUAAUAUUUACGGUAAGCAGUGAAGCCAGACUGAUAUGAGUCACUAAGUGAAGCUGCAGACUGUUGAACUUCAUGGACAGAUGUGAUGCGUUCCUCUGCACCACAGACAAACAUGAAGGAGACCGUGUACGACUUCAACUCAAGAUUUAUUUAACAAAACUUAUCAUACAAUCAGUAACAUCACCGGUGUGUGCCAUGAACGGAUGAGUGGAAGAUGUAGUGCAAUUUUACUCACAGUCCAACCAAAAAUAACCAUUUCAACGGAGAGAGACUGAAGAGUCCAGCAGGUGGGAGCUGGGAGGUGACACGCCUGUACUGUGAAUGUUCAAAAACUGUUGCUGAUUGUCAAUCACGGUCAUCUGAAUGUUAGUAGCUUCGUUUACUCUGAGAGGAGUUUCAGGGCGCUUUCAUACCAAGUUUGUUUGAGUCAAAAACCUGAAAUCUACUGUUGAUCUUGAGCGCUAAUAUGAUGAACAAUCAGCUGUUGUUGGCUGUAUGUGCAACAUAUGAGUAGUCAGCAUCAGUUAUAUCAACAUCAGGACUUGUGUUACUCGUGUUUGUGACACUGCCAGCUGGACAUGAGUAAUUCCCAACCUUUCACAGGGCAAACAGCAGCUGGACGAUCCGACCUGGUGACCACAGGAGGUCUGCAGCUACCACCAAGAGAACAAACAGCAGUCUAACAGUUUUCUUCAACAUUCAUGGAGUUGUUACCAUGAAUUCGUCCCUCAGAGUUGGACUGUCAACGCAGAGUUCAACUGUAAAGUCCUGAGAUGUCUGACGGAAAACAUUUGGAGCUAAACACUUGACAUGUUGGUACUCCAAAGUCUCUCAGCUUGGUGAAAACCAGCAGGUUUUUUUGGCCACAACAGCACAAUCGUCGCUUUCCUCCCGUCUUACUCACCAGAUUUGUCUCCCAGUGACGACGACUUCUUCCCCCAAAGGAAAUUCUGGUUUAAAUCCCACCAUUUUGACACAGUUUAUGAGAUUCAGUUCAUCACAGGUGGUGCUUGAUGCACUUACCAAACAGGAUAUUCAGGGAGGGUUGCAGGAGCACUGGGAGCAGAGUUUCACUGUACCAGGACACUUACUCCAACAGGGAUGGAAGUUAAAUUCAAACUAGGUACAGUUUUUGCUUUUUAUAGGCACGAUCUCAUGAUCACACCCUGCAUAUUUGCUUUUAUCUGUGUAUUUAUGCAUAAAAGGUGUGAUCAAAAAGUUUCAAGACUGUGCCUGUAAGAAGUAAACACCAUACCUGAUUUCUAUUUGGCCGCCAUCCACAUGAAAGUAGUGUCCUUGUGCAGUGAUGCUCUGUUGCUAGUGCUCCUGCAACACUUGUAAUGCUCCCUGGAAUCAGUGAUGAGCUGAAUCUCUUGAACUCUGUCAAAACAGCAACUCUUAAACUUCAAGUUUUUUGGGGGGUAGAUGACUAAAGUCACAGGGAGACAAAUCUGGUAAGUCGAGCAGAUGGAGAGCAACGAUUGUGGUGAGUGUUGUGUUAGAUGCUUUUGUUCCACAGUUCAAGUCCUUUAAAUGUUCUUCGUCAGACUCCUCAGGACGUUACAGUAGAACCAUCAGUUGACAGUCCGACUGUGAAAAACAAGUUCAUGGUGUACCAGCAUUUUGAAAACAACAGCGAGCAGAAACUACAGCUCUCCUACUGUUAGACUGCUGUUUGUUCUCUGGAUGGGAGCUGUUGACCCUCCUCUGGAUACCGGUGAUGAUUCUCCACAAGAAGAUUGGAUCAUUUCGUGCUGUUGAUGUCACAAACUUUGACAUGAUGCUGCUUCUGUAAGCCCAUGGUGAAAUCGUAAACCUGGAAGUGGUCACAAAAACACAUCCUGCCUCGUGAAAGCUACUGCUAACAACGAAUCAGCGCUUUCUGAUCACACCUCGUAGCCUUAAACUCAAAACCAUUAGACUCUACAAACCAUAAAACAGUGCAGUAACGUUUGAGAAAGAACAUAAAAAGAACUUUCAUGAAUUUUGUGCUGCACAUGGAUGUUUAAUAUAAUCGACGUGGGCAUAAUUAACAUUCAACUAGUUAAUUUGUUAAUUCAAGACAUUUCUUCGCUUUUAAAAGUUAGCAAGGACGGCAAUUAACAUUUUUCUUGUAGUUCUCGUUACCACAAUGAACCCUGAUGUUUACAUUGUGCAAAUUUUAAAAGGAAAAUAUGUGUAAAUUUUACUUUCAAUUGUGGAAUUUAACAUUGUAAUUCAUCCCUGAUCUGCCCCCUAGUGGAUGUGAGAUAUUUAUUCAUCCACAUGAACAACAUCCUCAGAAUUGCAGUUUUUAAAGUGUACACUUAGUAAAGUCUUGUGUUAGCUCUUUAACCUCACUGUUCUGCUUGUAGGUUUCUUAACUCGACCAUUUUCUUUAUGAAAAUGCCACAAAUGUGCAGUUUUCCAGUUGGAUUCCAACAUAUUUGUCUGAAGAUGCUUAGCUGAGGUUUCCUGAGGGCUGCAAUACAAAGCAAGAUUAACGUGUUAGCAGCUAUUUUGAGCCUUAAGUCUAAGUUUUCAGUGUCAUAAAGGUGCCUUUAAUUAACCAGCUAGAUCACCAUGGUAACUGAGAUUCUGUUCAGAGUUUUAAAUUUAAAUAAUCUGUCUUUCACCAGUUCUUUAUCUGGGGUUUUAGGUUUUCAUUAUCCAAAGAACCCGGAUAUGUUGAACUUGCUUCAUGGUGCAUCCCUCUGCUUGAUUUAGGUACAGGAUCAGUAAAAGUGCUGAUAAGACUGAAUGUUUGGUCUCCUGACAGACGUGUCGGUGUGAAACCGCCCUGAAACCGACUCAAUCUGCUUCAAACAAACUUCAUGUUUCAGUGCUUCACUCAGUUGUUAAAGUGAAAGAAGUUGCUGCACUGUUGGGAAAAGGGGGUUUCAAACACAAAGAGCAGUUUGUUUGAAGCACACCGAGGAGCUAUAGAUGAUCAUAAAUGCUGAAAUAUCAUCUGGAGGCUGCUGCUCUGUCAGGUGGGCUGCGUUCAAAACCACCGACUACAGCUGCAGAACCAAAAUGUAGAACGCAAAAUCUGCAGUUUGUAAAAAUACCUGGAUGUUGAACUGAUUCUAGAAACGUCUCCAGUUUACCUCAUUCACUUUGUCUCAACACUUCAUAACAACUUUGCUGAAGUGACAUGACUAUAUGGACUUUUACCACCAGAAGAUUUCUUGGCUGGCUUGAGUUUUAGAUUUUUAUUAUAGGCAGAGGUAUAACUAAAUUUUACUUUAAAAGGUAACCUUAUCAUUGUGACUGAUGCUGGUAGUAUCAGUCAGCAACUCUGAUUAAAAAGCACCCAGAUUAAUGUUAUGUUUCAAGGCAGAAAUACCAGGAGAACUACCUUAAACUCACGAUUUAUAACAGUUAUGUGACAAAACUCCUGAGAAUCUGAUCCUAUUUCCAAUCAUUUGUCAUCCACAUUUUUAACUUCUCCUGGACUUUUCAAGAAAAAUUGGAUGCGACAAAAAACAGAAACCAUCUAAAUCUGCCAUAAAAUACUGCAAAAUAACACAAUAUAAGAGUACUGCAUACUACAAUGGCACACAGUAGUAUGACAAGCUGCCUGCUUUGGUCGCUAGUAUGCAAUCGGUGGUUUUGAACACAGCCUUGGUCUCAUAAAUCCAACUGCUGAGCUGGCAGAAGCUUCGGUUUAAUAUAAAACAUCUGCUGCUUGUUUUGAACGUCGUCAUUCGCUGCUGAGUUUAACACUUUGUAGCUUUGUUCAAGAAAACCUCCUGCCAGCUAAACAAAGUAAUUAUCUUGUUCACAAGGAGCUCCGAUGUCCCGUAAAGCGGAGUUCAGGCUCUAAAUGACAGAGCAGCGGCCCCGAGCUUGAUUCAACGUCUGGCUGAAAGGGUUUGAAAGCUGUUGUAAACACAUUUGCUUCUUCACGCUUCACUUUAUUGUGCCUUUAAAUCCAAAGUUGUGCUCAUCAGAUUCCCUGCAGUGUGGAAAACGUGGAGUUUGUUCUCUGCAGAUUUAAAUCAGCUGCUUGUGAUUCCACCGUAAAUAUGUCUAGAUUUAGAACCGAGCGCCGACCAAACCAGACGUGUGAGAUGUGCGUUCAGUUAAUGUAGCUUUAAUUCAGUUUAUCAUUGUGUUCACACCCAGACUCUGAUGAAUACGGAAACCUGCGAGGGUCAAAACGAAGGUUUAGAUUUGCUUUCACUCGCUGUAUGUUUCACCAGGUGUGUUGAUCCAGCUGCAGCAAACAGUUUAAAGAAACAACCAGCAGAUACAGAAAACACAAAGAUGAGACACUUGAUGAUAAAUGGUGCUUUAGUACUAAUUAUUAGACCACCUGCUGCUUUCUUUGUAAAAGGCUUAAAAAAUAAGGAUUUUAGUGAUUACUUAUUGUUCCAAUAAUUGCCAUAGAUUUAAAUGAUUAAAAACAUAUUACCCGAUAAAGCAGAAAACAUGCAUGUCAGUAAAUGUAGAUCAGCUUUAGUACCCGGUUGUUCCACUAGCCUUAUUGUUUAAGACUGUAGAGACUGCGAAGGAAAAAUUCCUCCUAACUUUUUAAAUUAUCUUCCAACAGGCAGACGCUGUAGGCAACAGAUAUGCCAGGACUUUCUGCUUUGGUUGAGGUUAGAAAUUACGUCCUCGACCUACGGCGUUCUGUGGUUAUGUCGCCAUCUUCCAUAAAUUUAUUAAGGAAGUCUUCUUCCAUCAUUCCGACGUAGCGCGUUUGCGAUGUUAAAACAAAUUUCGCGUGGGAACUAGUUGGCGAGUGGAUUGGAUGAAUACGUCACCACUCGCCGCUAUACGAGGAAAACGGCUUUGUUUAUAUUCGCCGGUUGUACGCCACAUUGGAUUGUGCUACAUUCACUUUCUUUUGUCUUUUUUUAAAACUUUUUGUCCUCCAUCAUGGCUCCCAAGUGUUUCUAUGUCCUAGAUUAUGAUUUUACCACUGUGUUAGUGUAGGUGAGUGACAUAAGUACUUAUGUACCUAUGUGAGUUCCGACUUACGGAGAAAAUUGCAUUACGUCGUGCAGUAGGAACGGAAUUGUGACGCAAGUCCAGACCCCCCUAUAUUUGUCUAUUCUGACAUGACAAAGAAGACGAAUUGUCUCCAUAUUGGUCUGUAAUCUAAAUAUGACCUUCUUCCAACUACAAUAUUUACCCAAAGAUCAAAGAGAAUCCUCAGAACUGAAGCUGGCGUUGCUUGCAUGAACUGCUGUUCUGUCGGUGUCACUUCUCCUGAUAUCAGUGAACAUUACUAACCUAAGUCCUCUCAGUCUCCAGUGUGUCUCUGUCUGCCUCACCGUCCCUGAACUUCCACAACAGAGACCAGAGGUAGCGAACUUAUGUCAUUUUCGUGUUGGCCAGCAGAGAGCAUUGUGGAAGUUCAGCUACGAAAGUGCAACCAUGACAACGGCUCCUGUGACACUUAAUGACCUCCAACCACAGCUCAUGAUUAGUUGCACUAAAUCGCGCCACCUUAGUGGUAUUUCAAGACUGGAACCAAUGAAUUGUGCUACAUAGGUGCUUUAUGUCAUGUUGCAGAGGCUGGAAAAAAUGUUUCUAUCAUGUGACUGUAACAAGGACAUGAACAAUCGAUUAUUGAUUACUAAAGCUGCUGAUUCCAACUAUCGGUUUAAGGAAACUAGUGAAAAUUUGCAUCUUUAUUCAGCGCUGAUCAUUUAGUUUGAUUUGAGAAGCUGCACAUGUGACAUCAACAGAUAAUCCAAACUGAAUUUUUACACAAAAACAAGAAGAUCUUUAACCUUCUAACUGGUCUGGAAUCCGCAAAACGCCAUCUUUUACAACCUGAAGAAGAAAACGCAGAAUAGUUCCACCAAGAACCACAGAAGAAGAGACAGAAAGGUGGUCUGAUAAUUGUUUAUAAAGCCGUUUGUCCAGAUGUUGCUGUUUAAAUCUGCAGAUUAGUUUGUGGUGCCUUUAACUCGAAGUACUUGAGUGUUUCAUUGAAGACCUGCAGGUUUAAACAGCAGCUAAAGUCCAAAAAACAACCAAACGUCAAAGAUCGACCUUUUAAAAUCAACAAAUGCAACAUUUGUGUUUCUGUAUCUGCAGAUUGUUUCUAUAAACUGUGUUCUAACUGGACUGAACCAACACACCGGCUGUUCUUAUGAAGCAGAAUAAAGAUAAAACUUCAAGAAAACAAGAAAACAGCAACAAUCCUUAAAAAAAUCCUGGCUUCGACCUUUUAUCGGUUUCUGUGAAUCGGAGUCUCGAUGUGAGUUUCUCUUAACAACCUGCUGACCAUCGGUUCAUUCAUAGAUGCCAAACAGAUGGCAGAGAACAUGAACCUACCGCUGUCACUUUGAAUGCAAUAAUAAUAAAGAAAUCAAAAUAUCUGAAAACUGAA